AUGAAGAUGUUUGGAACGCUUUGUGUUCGCUUAGAGAAGUAUUGCUUGUCGAGGACCCGAGAAAACUGGCAAUACCUAAGCUGGCAUGUGAACUGGACAACCUGGACUGGAGAAUCAUCCGAAGCAUGCUUGAGGUAG